UCAGGUGAUUUGGCAGUACACUGAUUUGUCAAUAGAAGAUCUCAGUGUCUAGACAAAAUUUCACUAGCUUCCAAAGCAUUCCUUUAAAGCUCAGUCACAAGUGAUUUAUUGGAACAGCAAUGGCUGAAGCUAAAGAUGUGAUGUCUAUAAGCGAGUUCUUUGCUGAGAAGACUCUAUUCAUAACUGGUGGUACAGGAUUCCUCGGUAAAAUUAUGAUAGAGAAGCUUUUGUGGGCAUGUCCAUCAGUAAAGAAAAUCUACCUCUUGACAAGAAGUAGACGUGGCGUAAAACCUCAACAGCGUAUUGAUGAACUGUUGCAAACUAAUGUGAGUAUUUUUUCAGGUAGUUCAAAUAAAAUGAAUAAGUUGUUGAAUUUUAUGUUUGUGUCUCAUUGCCUUGGGCUUAGACCAUAAUAUUAUUUUAAUGCUUUUCUACGAAAUGUACUGUGCAUAGCCAAGGCAGGAAAGGUUCAAAAUACACUAAGGAAAAAUUAGCCUUUUUGUAAAGUUCUGAGUUUUUUAUUAGAAUACUUAUGCUGCUGAAAUCCACUUUAUAAUUUUUCCUUCUUAGUCCAGUUCAUAUUACUUAGUAAUUUAAUAAGCAUGAAACGCAGUGUUCCAUCUGUAAUCCAGAAGUUACAAACCCAAGUUUUUUAGAGCAAUUAUUUUCAGCUGUCUGGAUAUUCAGAUGAAACACUGAAGAAAGUGUUGGAUGUGGCCUCACAAAUGAGCAUGACUGUUAUAAUAUAUUCUUGAAGAAAUUCAAAGCUGAAAUUUGCAAAAUGUUUAUUGUAAUAUUAUUGGUAUCUAAUAUCCGAACACUCUAUCCUUUAUUUUUCAACAUGAAUUAUUUGUUAUGUUGAGAAGUCAAAGCAGAUAGCAAUGAUGGAAACAAAGUUUUGACCUGCGGCUAUAAUAGGAGAAGAAAAUUCAAUCGUGUCAAUCUCACAGUGCAAACAAAGUCAGUUUUACAGCUUGCCCUUCUGGCAAGCCUAAGCUGGUGUUUAUUAGCCCAAAUGUCAUUUCAACCAGCCUCAAAAACUUUUUGAUGAGGAGAAUUGGUUUCACAAUUCUUCUGUAAUAAAUUUAACUUCUUCAAAAACCUUCACUUGCCGGUUACACAAGUUAAGAGCAAAAUUCACUAGCCCGAUAGCAAAAUCCAUUAGCUCCGGGCUAUCAGUCACUACUUUCUUUGCACACUGCAAUCUUGUCCCCUCAUUUAAUUUACAUUUUUUUGUAUAGUGUAUAAAUUCUGUUAUGAAGUUGCAUAAUCCUUGAGAUCAAAGUUCACUGUUGUUUAGAAGUUGGUGUCUGGACAGAAACGUCUUGUUGAGACUAGAAAUUGACUGUUCAGGAAACCCUGGUUUAAGGCUUGCGGCUAUUUCAAUACAUACCCUAUGUUUGUAAUAAUGUCCUUUUUAAACAGGUUUUUGACAGAGUAAGAGAAAUGGGUGAUGACUGGAAAAGAAAAAUUGUGCCUGUUGAAGGAGACAUUGCAGAGGAAAAUCUUGGGAUUUCUGAUGAAGAGUGGAAAAUGCUGCAAGAAGGUGUCGAAGUGGUCUUCCAUUCUGCAGCAACUGUUAGAUUUGAUGAGGAUUUGAAGUGAGUGUUUUUGUCUGUUGUCUUCAACUGAUUGAAAAAAUUAAAAUAAAUUCUUCAUAACAAAGUGCACUUUAUUGACCGACGUGAACCAUUUGAACUGAUCGGAUCCAAACAGAUACAAUACAAUGCAAUACAAAUUUUAUUGUCAACUCCCCAUGGGGGCUUUUCAGAGACAAAUAUUAAUAGUACAGGUAAUCAAAAAAAAAAAUACUCAGGAAUUGUCAAUAAACAAUAUUAUUAUUAAAAACUAUUUGCAUAUAGAAUUUAUGACAUCACAAAUUGAUUAUCAAUAAACUAUUAAGAAACUAUUUACAUAUACAUUUAUGAGAUUAAAAAUUGAUUUGAAAGGAAGGCUUUCAUUUUACGUUUGAAAAUGAUAAGAGAUUCACUUAAUUUAAAAUAGGGUUUUAACGCAUUCCACAAUGUUACAGUUCUGUAAUACUAAGAUCUCUCUCCCGACUUGGUUUUAAAAAGCGGUAUAUUAAGCUGGGAAGAUGAUCUGGUCGUCUGACCACUGAUAUUCCCUCUGGAGAUAAAAUUUGAACUGAGGUAGUUUGGUACCUGACCUGUCAUAGAUUUAAAGGCCAAGAUGGCAUCUCUUAGAAACAGGUGGGACUUAACUGGUAUCCAUCUCAGGUCUUUCAGGGCUGGAGAUACGUGAUCAAACUUCCUUGUCCCAGAAACUAUGUGAGCAGCGAAAUUCUGUACUCCCUGUAGUUUGCAUAUAUUGCUGGCAUAAGUAUUCGACCAGACGGACGAGCAGUAAUACAACUUACUAAACACGAGAGAAUUAAUUAUUGUAACAAGUAUGUCUUUUCUAAAUAUAUGUUUAACUCGGCUAAUUUGCCCUAGGGCAGACAUACAAGAUGUUGCUGUUUUAAUUAAAAACAGAUAAGCAAGCUAAAAGACCAUUUUCGAAAUAUUCCUGAGGCUUGGGGGAAUAAGACAAAAGGAAAUGUAUUACCAUUGCUGAGCCUCAAGACGAUUUCUUUUGUUUUAUUUCCUUAAGUCUCAGAGCCAAGUGUGAAUUUUAAUAUAUCAAAAAUGAUCUAUUAAAGUAUGUUUUUAAACAGAUAACAUUUUGUUUUCCUCUUGGAACAGGUAGCCAUCACUGUCUGUUCUUCCCAGGCACAUGCUCUGCGGGGCAUCUCUUGGGUUGGCAGGGUGUAUUUGUUGUGGCUCAAUUUAAUCUUCGGUUUAAUUUUUAUUUUUUUCGUUUCAAAAUCAUUAUCAUCAGGGCUCGAAAAAACUCCCAUCCCGUUGUCUGUUUGUCCAGGAUGUGUAGUUUUUCUUCUUAGGCAAGUAAACUCUUUAAGGCUCACUUGCCCAAUGAACAAAGGUCUAGACAAGUCAUCCUCUAACUAAAUCAUUACCUAAAGGUAAUGUUAUGCAGGACAAUUUGUAACAACAAUUUUUAGCACAACACAGUGUUACAAUGUUGGAAAAAUGUUGUAACUAUUUGAAACAAUGUCACAACAACAAAACACUGUGUUGCACUGAAAAUCGUAGUUGCGAAUUGUCUCGUGUAAUCACCUUACAUGUAAGACAAGCAAGCAUGGUAGCUGCCCCAGGCAAGCAAAAUGAGAGAGCUGCUUGCCAAAAGGAUGUGCUGGAAUUCAAGUUUUUUUUUGUUUUUUGUUUGUUUUUUUUUGAGCACUGGUCGUUAUCACCAUACCCAAAAACGAAAAAAAAAUUAAAAUUAAACCAAAGAUAAAAUUGAAGCAAAAUAUAUACAUUGCAUAAUUUUCUAGUGUGUUAUUUCUUCUUUCAUUGUGAAUCUGUUGUAUGUUUUGUAAAUGGUCUUGGAUUCCUUUAGCCCCACCCUCCUCUUCCCCAAGGUGGGUCUGUCUGUGUUAGGUAAGUAUCUGGUCGGGUAAGUCUCUUCCACUGUGAUGGUGCCAGCAGCAGCUGCUGUAGGGGUGCUUCCCACUUGCAGGAUUACCAUUAAUACCUUCCUGCUAUGCCUGGUUUAUUUUAUGCCCUAGCCUGCUAACUUUAAAAGCACAUCCAGUUCCCAAGCUCAUCAAUUGGCACUGAGAUUAACUUUCGAAUUAUUUAUCACUCAAGGGAUGCAUUGUGCCUUAAUCUCCAUGGAACACAGAAUGUCAUAAAGUUGUGUCGGGGAAUGAAACAUCUAGAGGUAGGAAAAGUCCUUUUAAUACUGUCAUGUUAGACUCUCUUAGAUUAUCGUCCAAGAAUCUGUUGGAUAUACAUGAACAUACAUACCAUAAACUUCCGAUUAUAUGCCCCCGCCCCACUCAUCAGCACCCCCAUUAAAUUUUAUAAACCUACCUACCUGUAAACAAAAAAGUGCAUCUGGUUAUAAGCCCCCCCCCCUCCCCCCUGAACAUGAGCCCCCCCCUCUAGCUUGUAUUGAAAUGAAUUCGACUUUUUACCACAUUUUGAAGCUUAAAAAAUCAAUCAAAUUCAAAAGUAUUCUGAUCAGCACUGCUAUGUAGCUUGUUUUGAAAGAAAAUUUUGGGUCUUUCAUUUUUAGACAUUCCCAAGCAUUUAAAAAUAUUUUUUUUAUAAUUUUGAUGUGGUUAAGAAGUGGCAGAUAUGUGCUUCAUUUUGAUUUUUUUUCCAUUUGCUAUAGUAGAUUCUGAUUUAUCUGUUUCAUCAUUUUAUUUAACACAUUUUUUUGUGAUCAUUUGUAUGACCAUAGGUUUUGGUGCAUGUAUCAACUGCAUAUGCAAACUGUGACCAAGACUCCAUUGAAGAAAGAAUAUACCCUCCACCUGUAGAUCCAGAAAAGCUUACUAGUUCCAUUGGGUAUGAAAUACUUCUGACUAUUUUGCUUCAAUCACAGUGUAACAGCAUGACCAGGCUGUCCAAACACUUCCUCAUUAAUCUUUUUCUGCCCCAAAUCUGUAAAGGAAAAUGGAAUUGUGUAGGGCUGUGCUAUACCAGCGAGUGCCUUGUAUUCCCUGGCAGUGUGCUUUAUUGCCUUUGGCUGUCAGAGAAAAUCUUAUUUUUGCAUAACACUGAAAUGCUGGACACAGUGGAAAUCAGAGCUUUUGGGUGUCAUUUUUAUCCUACUACAGUGUAGUAAAAGACCUGAUAUCUCCCUUGUGAAUUUCCAUUACAAUCUCUUGACAAUAAGUUGAGAAUUGAGGACAUGAUCACCCAAACUGUGUUUUCUCAAUUCUGUUAUUUGUGCUACCUAUUAGCCAGAGGAAAAUCCUGACAUUUUGCGAUGCCCCCACUGGUUUUCCCAUGAAAUGAUAUCUGAGAAACCUGUGCAGAAACUCCAUACUGAUGACACAACACUUCCCACUCUUAUUGGUUGAAAAAUUGCUUCAUCCAAUCAGAAGCCUUUAGUAAAUUUCAGUUAUAAAAAUACAAGGAACUAUUGUAUUUAAGAAAACUGGGGAAAACCUCAAACAGGAUUUGACAAUG